AUUUGUUUUUAGCAAUUUCAAGUGGUUUUUUCAGUUUUUUAUGAUAUGCAAUCGCUUGAGUUUGCUUCACCACGUCGUGUUUUUGUAGAAUUAACUCCAUCACAAACAAAUGCUUUGCAACUUUCUUUUCUUAAGCGCAGAAGGUCGCCCAAUAACAGCACAGAAACAUUCUCAGAAGAAGAGUUUUCUAGUGAAAAACAUAUGAAACGAGUCAAAGAAGAUGAUAUUAAUAUGCAAUGUUCAGAUACUAAGUCAACUCCUAAUCAUGAAAAAAUAGAGAAUUUGGAAUGUAAUACAUUUUCGAAAGAUGAAUGUAUUCAUAGUCGUGUUGGUAGUGUUUCCAAGAAUGAGAAAUAUAAUGUAGUUCAAAGGCCUGGUUUCAAUACAUUACCUGGUGAUGGUGGGUUCUUUGGAUCAUUUUUUAUAUCAAAAGAGCAGAUUAAAAAGUAUGCGCAUGUUUUAAAGCUUCGACUUCGUCUCGCUUAUUAUAAAUUGCAAAUUAAUCAGCCUCAUUCUGCAUUUUCUGCACUUCCUCUUUUGAUUCCAAAACGAGAUAAGAUAGCGUCUGUUGAAUUGUCAAAAACUACUUUAUCAAAAACAGCUAUUUCGGAUAUACAGCUUCCAUCUCCUGCAGAUUCUCAACCGUACGAGACAGCUUCUCAAUGUCUACAUAAUAAUGAUAAUCUAAUUCCUAAUAUAUUUAAUUAUUGUAGAUAUAAUAUUGGAUUAAGUUCACCUCCGUUGAGUCAAGAACGGUAUUGUAAAAGUAGCUUUCCUGUGGAUUCUGCUGAAAACGUUUCCAAAUAAAUUAUUAUUUGUUAGGAGUUUAUCAAUAUUCUAAUUAGUACAUUAA